CCCCGACUUGACUCCGCCGCGGAUUCCCCGCCAGAUCUCGUUCCUCCCCCAACCCUAACCACCUCAUGGCCACCGAGCCCUUGUCCCCGGGGAAGUCCCCCGCCGCCGAUGACCUCGAAACCCUACCCCUGGACUCCUCCUCCAGUGUCGCGGCCACGACCGACCCCUUGCUCCGCCCGCCUCCUUCCCCCUCGUCCCCCACCUCCUCUCCCACCGCCGGCGCGAACCACGGCCCGUUCGUGGACGACGAUGAGGAGGAGGACGAUGUGGAUGGCGUCACUCCAGCGCCCGCUCCCCGCACCGCGGCGGCCGCGACGUCCCGCGAGGCGUCCCCGGUGUUCGCUGAGAUCACGGUCUCCGAGCCUAGGAAGCACGCGGAGCCCGCCACCGGAGCCGUGGGCGUCAUUCCCGGCUCGGCCAGCUACGUGUCCUACCUCGUCGCCACCCGGGCGUCCGACGGCGGCGAGUUCCGCGUGCGGCGGCGCUUCCGCGACGUCGUGGCGCUCGCCGAUCGCCUCGCGGAGGCCCACCGCGGCCUCUUCGUCCCCGCGCGGCCCGACAAGAGCAUAGUAGAGGGGCAGGUUAUGCAGCGGCACGACUUCGUGAACCAGCGGUGCGUCACGAUCCAGCGCUACCUCCGCCGCCUCGCCGCGCACCCCGUCGUCGGCCGCAGCGCCGACCUCCACGCCUUUCUCACCGAGCCUAGCGGCAUCCCCACUUCAGAUGGCGAGUCGCCUAGGUGGAGCCCCGCGAUGAGUGCUGCCACGUCCAUGGCUGCUGCUGCUCCAGCAACGCCUACGAAGAGUGGAAGGGAUUUCUUUGGGGUGUUAAAGGAUCUGAAGCAGACAGUGACGAACGGGUGGGUGGCUGUGAGGCCGCCUCCAGUGGAGGAGGAGACUGACACCAGGUACCUUGCGCACAAAGCCAAGCUUGAGGACUUGGAGCAGCAUCUGGUGACAGCAUCUCAGCAGGCAGAGGUGCUUGUCAAAUCUUAUGACGAUCUUAGAGCAACAACAGGUCUCUUGGGAAUGUCAUUAAUCAAACUGGCCAAGUUUGAAAAGGAGAAGGCUACGUGUGAUUCUCAGAAAAGACGAGCUGCUGAUAUCAGUAAUUUUGCAAAUGCUGUUGUUAGAGUUAGCAGGUCGCACACAAAAUUAAAUGCUGAAAUUGUAAACCAUCUGGGCAUUAUCCACGAAUACAUGGAGACAAUGGCUGCUGUUCAUAAUGCAUUUGCUGAUCGUUCCAGCGCUUUGCUUUGUGUGCAAAAUUUGUCUGCGGAUCUAUAUUUCCUGCAUACCCGGGCGGAGAAACUUGAAACUGUAUCAUCAAGAGGAAUGGAUCAGGAGAGAUCAAGGUAUCAAAAGAUAGAAGAGCUGAAAGAAACAAUAAGAGCUACGGAAGAUACAAAAACACGUGCACUAAAAGAGUUGGAACAUAUCAAGGAAAACAACAUAACUGAAAUUAAAAGAUUUAACAAGAAAAGACGCCAUGAUUUGGUGGAGAUGCUGAAAGGUUUUGUAUCAGAUCAGGCUGCAUAUUCAGACCAUUUUGCUAGUGUAUGGACAAAGGUAGCAGAAGAUACAAAAGGAUAUCUACUGUUGAAGGGCAAAACAACCGGGACUACGAAGAGUCUUCUAUUACCAACCACCACAAGCUGCUCCGUCUCUCUGAGGCCCUCCAUUUCACCCCCAUCACCGGGCACCGGCGCGGGGGCGGCGCGCGCCUCCGGCAGCGGCGGGAGAAUGCUGCCGCACGCGCCUUCCCGAGCCCCGGGGGCCUUCAGGUUCAAACCCCACCUCCCCGCCAGGCCGCCGCUCCUCGCCUCCACCUCCACCCCCGCCUCCGCCUCGGCCUCCUCGCGCGGCAGCCUCUGCGUCGCCGCCGCCACCACGCGCCGCAACCUCCUCGUCCUCGUCCCCUCGCUGGUCGCGGCGUCCACCAUCCUCCAGUCCCUCCCGCUCGCGGCCUCCGCCGAGGCAGGCGAUGAAAAGCCGGCGCCGGCGCCGGCGCCCGCUGCUCCGGCCCCGCCCCCGCCCCCGCCUCCCGCGGACGAGCCGGCGCUGUCGAGGGUCUACGACGCCACGGUCAUCGGGGAGCCGCAGGCCGUGGGGAAGGACGCGCGGCGGAGGGUGUGGGAGAAGCUGAUGGCGGCCCGGGUGGUGUACCUCGGCGAGGCCGAGCUCGUGCCCGACCGCGACGACAGGGUGCUCGAGCUCGAGAUCGUCAGGAAGCUGGCAGCCGGCUGUGCUGAGGCCGGGAGGAGUAUCUCGCUCGCGUUCGAGGCCUUCCCCUGCGACCUCCAGGAGCAGCUCAACCGGUUUAUGGACGGGAGAAUCGAUGGCAACACCUUAAGGCUUUAUACAUCUCACUGGGCACCAGAGCGAUGGCAGGAGUAUGAACCUCUUUUGAAUUACUGCCGUGAUAAUGGAAUAAAGCUUGUUGCCUGUGGAACUCCACUUGAGGUGAUAAGAACUGUCCAAGCGGAAGGAAUUAGAGGCCUUUCAAAAGCUCAAAGAAAGCUGUAUGCUCCUCCAGCUGGCUCAGGCUUCAUUUCUGGCUUUACAUCCAUCUCAGGCCGAUCAUUGAUAGACAAGAUUUCAUCAUCUCGUGGUUCACCUUUUGGUCCAAGCUCAUAUUUAUCAGCACAGGCAAGAGUAGUUGAUGAUUAUACCAUGUCCCAAACAAUAAUGAAAGAAAUUACUAAUGGCGAUCCUUCAGGGAUGCUCAUUGUUGUAACUGGUGCCAGUCAUGUUGUGUACGGGCCACGAGGAAUUGGUGUUCCUGCUAGGAUAUCUAAAAAGAUGCAGAAGAAAAAUCAAGUUGUGAUACUUCUUGAUCCUGAGAGACAAAGUAUAAGGAGAGAAGGUGAAAUUCCUGUGGCUGAUUUCUUAUGGUACUCUGCUGCCAAGCCAUGCAGCCGAAAUUGCUUUGAUCGUGCUGAAAUUGCUAGAGUUAUGAAUGCUGCUGGUAGGAGGCGCGAAGCUUUACCCCAGGAUCUUCAGAAAGGAAUAGAUCUUGGUGUAGUUUCUCCUGAGAUAUUGCAAAACUUUUUUGACCUUGAAAAAUACCCUGUUAUGGCUGAAUUGAUUCACCGAUUCCAAGGUUUCCGUGAAAGGUUGCUGGCAGAUCCCAAGUUUCUGCAUAGAUUAGCUAUUGAGGAGGGCAUAUCAAUAACUACAACUCUUCUAGCGCAAUAUGAAAAACGGAAGGGACGGUUUUUUGAAGAGAUCGACUAUGUUCUCACUGAUACAAUUAGAGGUUCUGUUGUUGACUUCUUUACAGUAUGGCUUCCUGCCCCUACUAUUUCACUCUUAUCUUUUGCCGACGAUGGUUCUGGUGAGAGCUUGGAGCUUCUGAAAGGACUUUUAGGGACAUUGCCAGAUAACGCGUUUCAAAAGGGUAUUGUAGGGCAGAAUUGGAGCAUUAACCAGAGAUUUGCAUCAGUGCUUAUGGGUGGUAUUAAACUUGCCGGUGUUGGAUUCAUUUCUAGUAUUGGAGCUGGAGUUGCUUCUGAUGUCUUAUAUGGUGCUCGUCAAAUUCUAAAACCUUCUGCAAGUAUGGAAGUGGGGCGCAAAAGAUCUCCAAUUUGGAAAGCAGCAACUGUUUAUAGUUGCUUCCUUGGAACGUCAGCGAACCUGCGAUAUCAGGUCAUAGCUGGUCUGAUUGAGCAUCGGCUAGGAGAGGAUCUGAUGGCCCACUAUAACCAGCCACUUCUUGCUAAUUUAUUAUCCUUUGUUUCAAGGAUAAUUAAUUCAUACUGGGGAACACAGCAAUGGAUCGAUCUUGCACGGGCUACAGGUGUGCAAAGCACUAAGAAAGAGUUACCUUCUACUGAGGUUUCAAGCUCAACUGAAAUGCCACUCCUAGAAUGUGGCACAACAGAUGUACAGAAUGUGGAUGACAGCAACAACCAAUCAAAUGACUUGACGUAGUCAUCUCACGAUGGCCUAAUUUGGUGUGGCCAUACAACACACAGAGCAGCUCCUUCUGUAACAAAACGUAUACAUUGCAGCCGUACAGGCAUAGAGAUGAGAAGUCUUCUUAGAGCAAGAUUGAAGCUUAGCCAUUUCAUGAUCUGAAGCGACAAAUCUGAAAUUCUGAAGAGCAAAGCUUUGAAGACUGUCACACCAUUGUGAUCAGAAAGCUGUUUUUACACCCUUAUGGGGCGAAUACUGUUUGUACAUUCGCAGAGGAGACAAUCGAGGAAUUUUGAAACCUGUACAGCAUCUUACACGUGAAAUUCAACCCAAGAACAAUCAUGGGUAUUGGCAUUUGGCAAGGAUCAGAAUUGUCGUCUCUGAUAACCUUGUAUGCACUUGAAUUCAGAGUGCAUAUAAACUUUUCCUGGCUGAACGGAUUGUACCA